AUCAUCGAUAUAAAUAUUUACCUAUUUGCACCUACCCACCUUCAGUAAACCCCAUAUUUACAUCCUCUCCAAAAGUUCAGCACAUACUCUUCCUGCGAACAUAUACAAGCGCAUAGCCGAACAAUCAAAUAUCCAUCCUCUCCAUCCUCUCCAAUUGUCCAAAGACCGAAAGCGCGCCCUUUUAUUACCCCGCAUAUAUCUUCCGCAAAAAUGGCCGAGCAUCAAUACAAAUUCAAUGUCAGCAUGAGCUGCGGCGGCUGCUCCGGCGCCGUUGAACGUGUCCUCAAAAAACUUGACGGCGUCAAAUCCUACGAUGUAAGCCUUGAGUCGCAAACGGCUACCGUCGUCGCGGAAGAUUCCUUGGGAUACGAAAAGGUUCUUGAGACUAUUAAGAAAACUGGCAAGACUGUUAAUAGCGGAGAGGCGGACGGGACUCCCCAGGCUGUUUGAUAGAGGGUCUAUUAGCCUAUAUCGAAGAGGGGAGGGAUUACGGGACAUGUU